UUCAUGCAGUGAGCGCUUUCGGGGCGUCACGCCUGGUGCUGCAGAGUAAACAAACUCGCUGACAUGAAUCUUUCUGAGAGGGAUGACAGUGACGGUGAGGUGGAGGAAGAUGAGAGCGAGUGGAAAACGUGUUUCGGGGAUUCAGCUGCGGUUCGUCCCGCCACAGCUGCUGCUGCUUCUGGGCCAGUCAUUAAGAGCCCUGAAUCUACACACAGAGUUAUUCUGCAUUUUGACCUGGACUGCUUUUAUGCUCAGGUGGAAAUGAUCAGAAACCCAGAACUAAGAGAUGUUCCUUUAGGUGUACAGCAGAAAUACAUCAUAGUCACCUGUAACUACGUGGCCAGGGAACGGGGCGUCACCAAGCUGAUGUCUGUUACUGGUGCAAAGGAGAAAUGUCCUGAACUGGUGCUGGUGAAAGGAGAAGACCUGACACACUACAGAGAAAUGUCCUACAAAGUCACAGAUCUCCUGCUGUCUUACUGUCCGCUGGUAGAGAGGCUAGGAUUUGAUGAAAACUUUGUGGAUGUCACAGAAAUGGUUGAACAAAGAUUGGCUGGGAUGUCAGAGACCGACAGCCUCUCAUUUAAAGGAAACGUCUUCAAUCAUUCCAGUGCUGAUGCUAAUGCUAGCCACCAUCCAAGGCUGGCUAUUGGUUCGCACAUUGCAGCAGAGAUGAGAGACGCGAUACGCAGCAAGAUCGGCUUGACUGGUUGUGCUGGCAUUGCCACAAACAAGCUGCUGGCCAAACUGGUUUCAGGCACCUUCAAACCAAACCAGCAAACGGUUUUACUGCAGGAGAACGUUGGAGAUAUUAUGGGAUGUUUGAGUGGCCUCAGAAAAGUGCCAGGCUUGGGCCACCAAACAGCCAAAAGGCUCCAAGCUUUGGGGUUAGUCAGUGUGAAAGACCUGCAGCUCUGCCCUCUGGGUGACCUGGCGAGGGAGUUGGGGGGAACCACUGCUCAGCGCCUGAGGAAUCUGGCUCUCGGCAUUGAUGAAUCAGCCGUCACACCCACUGGGGCCCCACAGUCUCUCAGUGAUGAAGACUCCUUUAAGAAAAUGUGUUCAGUGAAGGAAGUCAUGGCAAAGAUCCGGGAGCUGCUCGGCAGUCUGGUGGAAAGGAUGCACAAAGAUGGCCGUCAGCCUCAAACCUUCAGGCUCACAAUACGAAGAUUCUCGGCGACCAACAAGUGGUUGAGUAGGGAGAGCCGCCAGGCCCCAAUCCCAGGCGCCGUCGGGCAGAAGAUCAUCUCUGGGAACAUUGAAGACGGCGUUUCGCAGCUGGUCCCGUUGGCUGUGAAGCUCUUCCAUAAGAUGGUGGACUGCAGCGCGGCGUUUCACCUCACGCUCAUCAACGUCUGCUUCAGUAAUCUGCAGAGCAGAGCGCCGCCUGCGAGCGGGAAGGGCGCCAUCACGUCAUUCUUCACGCAGAGCGCAUCACCCAGGAAGUCCCAGACAUCGUCCGUACAAAGCCAGAAUAAUUCAGCCCAGAAUGCUGACAGUUGCCUUUUGGACCAUCAGAUCAGUGAAUGCAGCAGAAAUGUUCCACCAAAAGGUCAAAUGACUUGUAAGUCUGAACAACCAGAGGAAACCUCUGAAGCGUCCUGCAGCACAGGGGGAAUAAAUUCGGACAAAACCAAACCGCCACCGCAGGUCGACCCGGAGGUGUUCAGGCUCCUCCCAGAAGAAAUCCAGAAGGAACUUUUAUCUCCUUAUUAUCUGAACUCCCUGCAAAGCCACAUGUCGAAAAACGAUUCUUCGAUGAAAGCAGACAAGUCCAGAAUGAAUCACCAGCAGCCGGCGGGAAUACCAGUAAUUCAUGAAGAAAACGUCAUGGAGCAGGGGAAUUUAUCGCUUCCCCAAUCAUCUGACUGUAACUUCCCGGGAAACGUGGACCCUGAGGUGUUUUCUGAACUUCCCCCCGAUGUCCAGAAGGAGCUCAUGUCUGAAUGGAAGCAGCAGAACCCGGUUCUGAAGACUCCGUCAUCCAGGAAAACGGGGAAAGGCUCCCUCUCCAAAGGCAAAGACAGAAAGGCUGAAGGAAGGAGCAGCCAGUCGAAUAAUCUGCUCAAGUAUUUCAAACCCGGUUCAACCAAGCAGCACGAUGGUGGACUGGGACUAUGACUAUCUGAUCAAGCUGCUGGCGCUCGGCGACUCGGGCGUGGGAAAGAC